AUGUCAGCUUUUCACCCCUACAUCCGCCAAACGCGACGUGUUUUUGUGGACGACGAAAAUUUGAGGUGAUUUUUGAAUUUUCGAAAUUUUUUUCUCCUUUUUCUCAAAAAAAAAAAAUUCCAGGCGUAAAUAAUAAUAAGCAGGUGAUUUUUUCAUGACAAAAAAAACUAUUUUUUUUCACAGCGUGUGAAAUUUUUCAUAAUUACAAUUGUAUAGUUUUUGAGCCGUGACGUCACCGCGGAAAUCUGAAAUUUCCAGAUCAAUUUUGAUGGCUGGAAAUUGUGUAGUGGUGCAAGAUGAUCCAAGUCCGGGCCUAGGCCUGGGCCUGGGCCUGGGCUUAGAAUCGUCGACACCCGAUGUUCAACCGGAAAGAUCGAGAAGAAAACGAACGACUUUUUCACCGGAUCAGGCGGCGAGAUUAGAACAGGUUUGUAGAUGUUUUGAGCUGAAAUUUUGCGCUGAAUUCGAAUUUUUGGGUUCUGAAACGUGGAAAUUUGAAAUCAGCUUGAAAUUUGGGUUCGGAUGAGUAUAAACAUCAGUGGAUUUAUGGAUAUUAGAAGUUCUAGGAUAAGCCGGGUUUUUAGAACCCCUAAAAACGUUUCUGGGCUGAAAUUUUGCGCUGAAUUUGAAUUUCUAACUGGUGAAAUUUGAAACUUUGAAAUCAGCUUGAAAUUUGGGUUCGGAUGAGUAUAAACAUCAGUGGAUUUAUGGAUAUUAGAAGUUCUAGGAUCAGCCGGGUUUUCAGAUUCUUCAAAAAUGUUUCUAAGCUGAAAUUUUGCGCUGAGCUCAAUUUGUUGGCUUUUGGAACUUGAAAAUUUGAACUCACAAUUUUGCUUCAGACAAGUCCUAACUCGAAUCUUGUUUUCGCAAAAAAGUUCCAGAUCUUUGUAGAGAUUUUUGAUCCACUCAUUCUCGUUCUAAUUUUAUUUUUUCCUCAUUUUUUUGCGUGCGCAAAAAGAAAAAAAUUUAUAAAAAUAUACUCCGACAACUAUACUAUAACUAAUAAGAAAUUUAAUUACAUAGGCGAGUUGCGAGAAAAAAAAUAUUGUGUAUUUUUUUGCAGAGCGAAAUAUAUAUGAGGGUAUUAUUAGUUGGAAUGUAUAUAGUUUGAUAGAAAUUUUAGAGGUUAGAUUUUGCGCUGAAUUCAAAUUUUCAGGUUCUGAGAGUUGAAAAUUUGAGCUCAGCGGAAAAUUUUAGCCCAGAAACUUUCUGGAAAAAAUUUAAAAACUUUAAAAUGUGUUCCGAAGACAUCUAGAAAUCCCCAGAGCAAAUUCCAACCUAAAAUUAAAUCCAGUAUUCUCCAAAUGUUUAGACUCACCCGAACCCAAUUUUUGCGCUGAAUUCAAAUUUUCACGUUUCAGGAGCCUAAAAGUCAAAAUACAAAAUUUCAGCCUAGAAACUUUUCGGAAAUUCUGAAGAUCUCGACUAAAUCUAGAACUUUUUGAAUUCAAAGAUCCACCGAUGUUUAGAAUCAUCAGAAUCCAAAUUUCACACUGAAUUUAGAUUUUUAGGUUUUGAGAGUGGAAAAUUCGAGCUCAGCAUGAAAUUUCAGUCUAGAAACUUUUUGGAAAAUUCUGCAAAAUCCAGAUUCUUGAAUUCAAAGAUCUACUGAUGUUCAGACUUCUAAUACUAUCUAGAUUCAUUAAAUCCCAAAUUUCACGCUGAAAUUAAAUUCAGCACUCCGAAUUUUCUAGGAAUACCUCAGCGACUGCUACAUGGCUCGAGACAAACGUCAACUUCUCGCGCAAACUCUGAGCCUCUCUGAAAACCAGGUCAAAACCUGGUUUCAAAAUCGUCGCGCUAAAGACAAACGCGAUCGAAAAUCGUCGCAUUCCUCUUCGCAUCCACAAACUCCUUCGCCAACACCAUCAUCCACUAAUUCUUCAACAACUCAACAAGUUGCACCAACUCCUUUGGUGGCUGAGCAAAAUCAGAGCAUUGCUCAGAAUAAUACACCAGUUAUAACUAUGUCACUCUUGGCCGAUUAUGCUGCUUAUUUACAAAAUUUGGGUGAGCUAGUUACCUUAAGGUCACUAAGGUUUUACCCUAGAUAUCCUAAUUUCUCUAAGGUCAUAUUUAGUGUCAUAGGAUGCGCCUUGAGAUUUCCUAGCUUUUGGUGAAAAAAUCACCCAGAAAUCUUCCCUAGGAGCAAAGUUAAGCUAAAUCAAAAUUUUGCAGGUGUCCUCCAACCUCCAAUGCUUUCCCCACCAACUUCUCAAACUACAGUACCUCUUCAAGAGUACUGUAGCUACGGCGAGCUACAGUAA